CUUUCCACAUCUUAGUCACAAAAUAGCUAAAUGUUUAUAUAAAUCUUGGCUUCUGUACCAUGUACCUGGUUCUCCACCCACCAUGUCCAUAUGCCAUCCAAUACUUUUCAUCAUCUGGGUUCUCUCAUUAUUGAUCAGUUUUAUUCUUUCUUCUUCAUCUUCUUCAUGGUGCCCACCUCACUUUUCUCUCCAAACCGAUCGCCAAUUCGAACAAAAAAGCGAUAGGUUUUGGGAGUUUGAAGAGCAAUCCAACAGUUGGGUUGAAGUGGAAUUGCCUUAUGAUCUAGUCUCUUGUGUUGAUGGCAACUGUACUACAGUUGGUUCGAUUGCUCAGAUGUCGAAAAAGACCAAAGAUCAUCGAAACAGAGAAGACUCUGUUCCUGAACAGAGUAGUAGUAGUUUCAGAAAGAAGGAUGGUGGUAAAGGAGGUGUAAAAGUAAAAGAGAACUCUGAUAUGGUUUUGCCACUGAGAAAGAGAAUUUCUUUGAUUAAAAUGUCCGAGGCAUCGAUUUGGGUGACCGGUGCAAGUGGGUCUAUCUAUGAGAGGUUUUGGAAUGGAGUGCAGUGGGUGAUUGCACCUCAUGAUUUACCAGUAUUGGCUGGUCCUGCAAAUUCUGUUUUUAUGGUUAAUCAAACAAUUCUUGCUCUAUCAGAAGCUGGAAAUCUCUAUCAGAUGCAUCUGACUGAAAAUUCACAGCCAGUUUGGGUUGAUUUCCUGCCAACAGUCGAUCACAGCACAAAACAAGAACCAGAACAAAAUUCUACAUUCCAAUUGAAAUCCGGAGUUAUUUCAGAUGAUUGGGAGAGACUUUAUUUCUGCACAAAAAAUGGAUCACUGUUAGAACUAGUCGGGAUUGAGCCUCCAAGGUGGGUAAAUCAUGGUCGACCUCCCGGUGCAAAUGUUGCAGCAAUCGCUGAUGCUGCUACUGUUAGACCAGAAGUAAUUUUCACCCUAAGUUCAAUUGGGGAUCUUUAUGAAUAUGACAGAAGCUCAAAGCCAUCAUGGAAGAAGCACAUAUGGAGAGAAGGAACAACAACAGAGGAUACUUCUCUCAUACCAUCAAAAGGGUGUGCUUUACAUGGCUUUGGUGGAUCUCAUUCUGUAUCCCUAUUUCUUUUGACUAAGGGUGGUAAUUUGGUAGAGAGAAGGCUACACCAAAGAAAGUGGAAAUGGAUAGUCCAUGGAAGCCCAGAAAAUCAUCACUUGUCUUCUAUCACAUCAGUUUCCCAAGAUGAAUUCAAUGAAAAAACCUCCUCUUUGUUUCUCACAACAGCUUCUGGAUCUGUUUUGGAAUAUAGAGUUCCAAAAUAUUCAGGUUCAGCUCAAGACAACCAAAUUGAAGAGAAUUGGGUGAGUCACACUCAUCCCCCGCACGCAAAACUCGCAAGGGGUAUUUCAGGGAUGCAAUUUCAAGUCGGAAGAAUAAUUUUCCCUCUAGAUGACGGUAGGCUUGCAGAACUGCAUCUUCCGGGCCUUGGUGGUGAAACUGCAGGCCCAAAUUAUCAGAUCAACGUCCGAAGAAAAGCAUCACUCAAAUACGUAUGGUCGAUAUUAGACUCCCCUGAGACAGAAGGAUGGAAUGCAGAGUACUGCACUGAAGAACGUGGCCCCACAAAUUGCAUCAUGGGCAUAAAAGACGAACCAAGUGACGAAAAUGUUGCAAGAUCAAUGUCAAGAGGUCGAAAGGGCAGCAAAGAACAACAAAACUACUUAUCCCUUGGUAGUAUUAGUAGUAGCGAUCCCCGCCUACAUACAGAAUUGUAUAAUAUGCCGGCUAAUUGGAUCAACAUGAACUUUCGCCUACGAGUGAUGCAAGGAGGGAGAUCGUUUUUUCUCAUUACAGAUAGCGGGUUGACUUUCGAAUAUCUUAAUACUGAAAAUGUGUGGAUUUGGCUGAGGCACGAACACACGACAGCGAUGAAAGGUGCAGUGGGAUACUAUAAUGGAAGUUUGUUUUUGGUUGAUGAGCACGGAAGUUUGCUCAUUAGAGAAAGAAGUAGCGAUGGAUUAGCGUGGAUUAAUUGCACGGCAAUGAAGAAAGCAAGGCCGAUUCUUGGAGGCCCUCCGUGGGAUAAAUUGCCCGGAAAAGGUUUGAGAGUUACAGCAGAAGAUGCACUGUUCUUUGUGAGCAAAACCGGAAGAUUACUGCAGUUUACAGUUGCAUUGAGAAAGUUCAAAUGGAAAGACUGUCGAAACCCUCCAAACACCAAAGUUGCCGGUAUAGUGGAUCAGGAAAUCUUCAGGGAAAACAUAGUAUUUGUCAUAGGAAGGAACGGUAGGCUAUAUCAGUACAACAAAGUGAGCGAAAUAUGGCAUGAGCACCGCCAAUCCCAACACUUGGUUUUAUCAAGAUUGCCCGGAACUGCCAUGAGGCCAUCUUCACUAUCACUAACCGGUUCUCUUUUCAUGCUUUCUGAAGACGGAGGGCUUGUUGAAUAUCACUGGAACGGAUUAGAUGGGUGGAAUUGGGUGGAACAUGGAACACCACAUAGAAGUGUGACCUUGGUUGGUUCUCCAGGACCGUGCUUUCAAGGUAAUCAAUUGUUUUUGAUUGGUUCGGAUGGUAAUGUGUAUCUAAGAUACUUGGAUCAGACAACAUGGAAAUGGAAAAACUGUGGUUUCCCGUAUAUGGAAAGUACAGCGGUUGAAGAUGAGAGACCGGUUGGAAAUGAAGAAACUUGUGUCGAUAAAGAUUUUGCAACAAGCUUUGAGAAAAAUGAUGACGACCAAAAUACUUUCAACGGAAACUGUGAUUCAAAGGUGGCACCAAUACGACCAAUUCCCUUCGCAGAGGAUUUAGUGGUUUUUGAGCUAAAAGAUGGCAGAUUGGCAGAAAUGCAAAGAAUGGAGAAAAAGGGUUGGUUAUGGACAAGGACGAUGGGAACUCCAGCAAGCUUAUGCUUAGCAAAUUUUUGGACUGGUUUGGCAUCUUGAAUUGAAUUCAACAAACUAACACAGCACCACACAAAGCUAGAAGCUGAUAAUGAUGGGUGAUAUAAACAUAGAUAUAUAGGAUAGAUAGAUGUACAGUUUAUGAUGAAAAUAGCUACUUUUAAGCAAGCAAACGAGCCAUUAUUAGCUUCAUGGCUCUUGUACAGUUCAGUUAUUGUAAAAAGUUACAAAUAUGUUAACUAUACAUACACAUGUAUACAUAAAAAAGAGGAAAUACCCUUUUGUGAAA